UCCGGAACGCGUCUCUCUCUCCGUCCGGGAUGGAGAAAGACGCCUCACCGCCGGACCCAUCCCGGCAGAGGAACGGCUUCUCCGGCGUGUUGUACGGAGAGUUCAGCGACACCCUGAAUUACGGGGUCCGCUACUCGGUGAGCCUGACGGAGAGCGCCCUGACCAUCCAGAGGAUCUCCUCCUCGCCCGACCGGACCAAGGUGGUGUUCAACUUGAGCGACUGCAUCGGCUGCCGGGCAUACAGAGGGCCGGACAGCGCGGACAUCGGCGCCUACUUCACGGCUUAUUUCUACCCAUUCAAGAGGCGCUGGAUGAGCGCCGGGGUGGCCCGCCAGAGAGUGGAGCAGUGCUUUCGGGUUGCGCUGGUCCAGGAGCCGCUGGUCAACCUGCAGGAGGCUGAGAGGUGGGCUCAUGCCAUCAGGGACGCCUCUCUGAUGCAGGCGCCUCGGAGAGAAGGUGUGAUCUAUACAGAGCUGAGGAGACCUUGCAGAACCAUGAUCCUGGUGAACCCCCAGAGCGGACGUGGGCAGGCUCUCCAGCUGUUCACCGGCCACAUACAGGCCAUGCUCACAGAGGCAUCCAUCCCAUACACCCUUGUCAUCACAGAGCACCAGAACCACGCAAGAGAGCUGGUGAGGAAGGCUGACCUGUCGCAGUGGGACGCACUGGUUAUCAUGUCUGGUGACGGGCUGCUGUUUGAGGUGAUAAAUGGUUUGAUGGAGCGUGAAGAUUGGCAGCAAGCCAUCCAGACUCCUUUAGGUAUCCUACCAGGUGGCUCUGGCAAUGCCCUGGCCGCGUCCGUCCACCACUACUCGCAAUCGCCUCCAGCCUGGAACGAGGAGCUGCUCCUGAGCUGUGGAUUCAUGCUGUGCAAAGGUCUAGUUAGCUCCCUUGACUUGGUGUCCGUCCAUUUGGCCUCCAGACAGCGUCUGUUCUCCUUCCUCUCCUUGGCUUGGGGCUUCGUGGCAGAUGUAGAUAUCGAGAGCGAGAAGUAUCGUCAUGUGGGAGCUAUCCGCUUCCUGAUGGGCACCCUGGUGCGUCUGGCCUCCCUCAGAGUAUAUCAGGGCAGGUUGGCGUACUUACCUGCUAAAGAAACCCUGAAACCUCCAAAAGGGAGUGGGAAGGACCCUCCGUCCACCCCUAAAAAGCCCUCUCUCUGUUCAUCCCUACCUUGUCACCUCCUUCCAAAUGCUUCGCCAAAGAAGAGCUCUCUCAAAAAUUGCAUUGAUACGAACCUAAACCAAAACUCCAUCACCAAAUCCUCCAAUGUCAUCACCAACACCAUUCUUGAGCCACACAGAAACAACAAAACUGCAUCGCCUGUAGAUUCUCUCCUCCCCAGCCUAGACCAGCCGGUCCCUGACAACUGGACCGUGGUCAAUGAAGAGGACUUUGUUUUGGUGUUGGCUAUUUACCAGUCCCACCUGGCUGAGGACCUGUGGACGGUUCCUGGAGCGAUGGCAGACGAUGGUCUGAUUCAUCUGUUUUAUGUGACCGCAGGAAUAUCCCGGCCUGCCCUCUUGCGUCUCUUCCUCGCCAUGGAGAAAGGUUCCCACUUAGCGUGCGGUUGCCCCUACCUUGUGUAUGAAAAAGUGAGGGCCCUGAGAUUAGAGCCCAUUUCACAACAGGGCAUGAUCACCGUCGAUGGAGAGGUGGUGGAAUACGGCCCUAUUCAGGCUCAGGUCCACCCCGGAAUGGCUAAACUUAUAUGCGGAUGAACUUGUGCUUUACUCUAUAGUUCUAGUUUGGCCUUUUAAUCUUAGUAUCAGAUUUUUUUUACGUAUGCUGUCUUCUCAAAAGUGCCAAAGACAAAGUAUCAGCCUUUGGAAAUUCCUUUAUUUUUCUACAGAGACAACUUGUCCUAUUUUUAUGGACUUCCUAGUCCCAUGUCCUUCUCUCUCAGUGUUUAGAUUCAGGGUCAAAGCCAAGGAGGAUUGCUCUUACUUCCGGCUGUUUCAGGCUUAGGGAAAUGAGAAGAGAAUGUGUGUCUAUGUGCAUACAAAAAGCCUGAUCUUUAUGCAUUUUUGUGCAUUCUUAACUUUGUGUAUAUGUGAGACGCUGCAUGAGGGGCUUCAGCAGUACAGUGGCAACAUAGGGCAGUCUGUGUGUCGGAUCUCAUAAGCAUGACACAUGAAGAGAAGCAUGUUUUUUCUUUCCUGGGAGACUUCUGGAGAAACUCGCCUUUUGGUUGAACCACUGUAUCACUACAGGCAAUCAAUCCCCCACCCCCUGACGGGCCGCCACCCCGAUAACACAGCCUGCACAUCAGCUUAGAAAAAAAACACAGAAGAUAGAAAUCCUCAGAGGAUUUAGCCUUGACAGAUUUUUAAUCUCUCCAUAGUUUACAUGAAGAAAAAAAACAACUUAACUUCAGAUUUGCUCAUGUUAGAGCCCCAGCCUUACCUUCCUAUAUGACAGACAUCGUUUUACCAGCUUACACUACACCUUCACCUCUCUUAUCCAUUUCCUGUACCCUGUUUCAUCUCUAACCAUCAUUAACCCAUAGGAAUUGCCUCCACUCAUACACUUUCUUUCCCCCUUCCCCCCCACCUCUUCCUAUGCUCAGAUCCUCACAUACACACACAUUCCCUCACAUCUCUGCAGCACUUAGCGAGGGGGAGGGGCGCGAUCCACUACUGUGCAAAUGAUCCCCUCUCUUGCCAUCUUAAGAUUGUACUCUUGCUCCUCUGCAAUGGUUAAAGGACCCUAAGCACCUAAUGUGUCUUUAAUAUUCGGGUUUACAUCAGUUAAAGUACGCUAAAUAGAAAGUCCUUUUUCUCUUAAUUACGUGAAACCUCUUAGUUGAGAUUUCAAACUCAUAUUAGGCUGGUUAAAGCACACUCGACUGGAUAAAGUGCAGAUUUAGGCGAGCCCUGUUAGAGCUGCAUAUAGAGAGAGAUGUGUGUUAUAUAGAUACUAAAGGGAGGCAGGUGGUUUGCUCUUCAGUGUGGCCUCCUCUGUACAUGUUGGUGCCGUGGAUCAAUUAGUGCGCUGGAGCAGAGGAGAGUGCAAAUGUUAGCAUUAUCAUCAGGACACAACACAUGCACACUGCAAGUUAACCUGGAGCUGCAGCACCACUGUGCAGCUGAGGUGUGUCAUAACCAUUUUAGCAGGUUUUCCCUUAACUGUACAACAAUUUAUGUCCUGAAAUUUUACAAUAAUAAUAAUGUAAUUGAAAGUUUAUAGAUCUCACACUGAAGAAAUUUACCUUUGAAUUUACCCCAUCCCCUUGGGGAGCAGUGGGCUGCCAUUGUGUGGCGCUCAGGGAGCAGUGUGGGGUUAAGGGUCUUGCUCAGGGACCCAGGGUGCAGGCGAUUGAAACGGGUACUGUUCAUUAAGCAACCAAAGUGCUGAUAUCUAACAUUUUUUAGGUAAACUAUCAUUGAGAGUGAAAAUAGCAGAUGCUUUGAGCUUUUAGGACACCUAAUAUUUAGCUGUGUUCUUCUGUAUCUGGUGAAGGACCUCCUAGCGACCAGAUUCUACCGGAUAGAGCAAAAAAACGAUGAUGAAUAAAUCCUCUCAAGGGACUGUCAAACGUUAUUUGGUAUUCGUGGCGAGCCAGCUGGAGAUGUCAAUUAAAUUCUUGCAAACUGCUGUGUGUGCUUAUGCAAUAAGGUAUAAAUUUGCCUCAAACUCUUUUGCUUCUGUCGCAUUAUAACCACAAUGUGUAGAAGUGUUAGAAAGAAGUUUGAUGUUAUAAAGAGGAUAGAAAACGAUACAGCUUUCAAUUCAUGUGGAAAGAUUUGUAUUUUUUUAAUUUACAUGUGAGUUCUGCAAACCUGAAUAUCAGUAAUUAUUUAAGAAUUCCAGAAAAACAUUUAAAAGAUCCCAACUCGCCUCAGUCAUCUGGAGAAAGGUUAACUUUUAAUCCAAUUUCUCGAAUUUUAGCAGAACUGAGCAUAAGGGUGCUUUAAACAGGAUCCAACGAACAUUUUUGCCUUUAUUUAUAUACUCCUUAACACCGUUUUUUUUUCUUCUUUUUUUUUUUUUUUGUUUUACGAUAAAAAGACUCUAAACAUAACAUCUCAUGUUUAUUUCAUAGUAUUAUACUUUUCAUCUUUUUGUUCAGCUAUUGUCACGCUCAUCACACUUCCAGACAUGCUAUUUCUGUUUCAGGCAUUUGUAGGUUAAAGCAUGAGGAAAUCAUAUGUUUUUUGUCGAUCAACUCUUAAAGUUUGUAUGAGGUACUGCAGGUUUAAAAAGUAGGAGUUUAUGGGGAUCAGAGGCGGAUUAUUCACAGCCCAAAUGAGAUAAUGUCUUCAUUUUCACCUCAUUUUAAAGCUUACUUUAGAUUAGGUCAGUGGAUCCUCUUCCACAGCUUUUGCAUAAUGUCAGAUUUUAUGUUGAUUAUUAUUUAUGAUUGAUAUUUGAUUAGCUGUUACGCAAAUGCUAUAACAGCGGUACGCAUGUGGGAUUUUUUUUACAUGUCCAUAGUGAUCAAAUUAUGUAUUUUACAGUGUUAAUUAGAGCUAUGCUAAAUACUUUAUUUACCAAAGCUGGCUGAGGUGUGGUAAAUAAGCUGUAGUGUGGUGGGAAAAUUCAAUUACUCUAUUUAGAGAAGGUGGCACUCUAGACAAAACCCCUCUAAAGAGUAUUUGCCAACAAAUUUCUGUUAACUAGCUUUUAAUAAAAAAAAAAAAUGUGGAUAUUUAGGAAAACGUUUUACUUCUAAAAUCUCUAUUAGCCAGCCUGAGCAGUAAAUGCAAUUGUUUUAAUGGACAUGUUUCCAAAUUGAACUUAGUUUUUCAAAGGAAAAAUAAUCCCUUGUCUCUAGGCAACUCCAUAAAGUCUGUAAUGUCGUUAUAUGUCCCUAUUCCAUGACUCAAUUUUACAUUCCAAAGUCUUUACUAAUACUUCACAAAAGUCAUGGUCAUGCAACCCAUGCCCAAUAUACGACACGCUCCAUCAUUAUUCUGUUAGUUACCAGUCUCCUAGGAAUGCAUGUCCUGUCCUAUCCUGUCCUGUACUGACCUGAAAUUCCAGCUUGAUCUAAGUAUCUGAUGUAUGAAGUCAAGAUGAGCUAUGCAAAUGCCUUGUCAUGGUUGCAGAUAUUUGAAGUAAGACUUCCCCCUGCUGGCCCAUGGGAAAACAUAAAGCGACGGCUUUAUUUUGAAUUUUCUCUUCUGUUACACAUUGUCUCCUCAUCCUGCCACCUGUUCCCUUCUUUUUUUAUUCUUAAAAAUUAGCAUAAGCUCAAAUAGUAAAGACUUGAAAUUGUUCAUGUUUAAUUGCAUCCAGCUUAUUGUAUUGUAAACAAAUUACUUGAUUCUUGCAAGUACCGUAAUAAAGAAGGGUAAUGGCAUAGGACUACUGUUAAUUUAUGGUUCAAAACUGUUCAGUUACUCCACUGACUGUUGUUAGUUUUUAUACACAUUUUUGAUACCCUUAUUUGAUUUUUUUAAAGACUGGAGGGAAAAAACUCUUUUUUUUUUAUUAAACUGUAAAAACAAAAUGUCAUAUCUUACUAUUGUAGUCAUUGCUAGUCAGAGAUUUGCUGUAAAAAUGCAGAAAGGGGACAAACAUUUUUCUUAUUUAUUGCUUUUAAUGUGCAGAUAGAAGCUUGUGCUUAGAAUAUUACAUUGAUGGUUUCGUGGAAUCAGUCUUGGUGUGUGUUAUACUGUUUUGUAAAUUGCGUGCCACUUUUUUGCAGCUUUUUUUU